AUGCACCCAAUUGUGGAUUUAUGGGAUGUGAUGGUGAGGUUCGGUGUCAAUGAGCAAGCGGUCGAUUUCACAACUGUUGAGUUCAGACUCCAAAGGGAAUGUGACAUACGGCAGGGCGAAGAUGAAGAAUGCAGCCGUGAAGUUCUUGAAUUGCACUUACAGCCUUGGGAAUGUCGGCAAGUUGGCGUAGUCUUCACACCUCUAGAUUAUAGAAAAGUUAGCUCACUUAUAGUAAUCAGGAAUAAUUUGACUGUUCUAGACAUGAUUACUGUAGAGGGUCUUGGAGCAAGAGAAAUGCUACGUGUUGGAGGGAGGCUGCCUGGAAUAGGGGGAUCUUUGAGGUUCAAAGUCCCAGAGUCCACCCUGAUGGACUGUAGACAUCAGCUAAAGGAGAGCAACCAAGUCCUGUCCAUCACAAAAGUCUUUAAAGUUGAAAAUAUUGGUUCUCUGCCCUUAACUAUCGUGCAUAUGAAAAUAAAUGGAUACAAUUGCCAAGGUUUUGGGUUUGAAAUCCUGGACUGCUAUACGUUUUCUCUAAGCCAGAAUACUUCAAGGGAAAUCAGUAUUGUGUUCAUUCCAGAUUUCACAUCGUCCUGGGUAAUCCGCGAGCUAACUCUUGUGAGUGAUUCCAGUCUGGAGUUCCGUUUCACCCUUAACGUGACUCUCCCUCACCACUUGUUACCUUUGUGCGCAGACGGAGUCCCAGGCCCCAGCUGGGAAGAGUCGUUCUGGAAACUCACUGUACUGUUCGUAAGUUUGUCACUCAUUGGUGUAGUUUUAAUAGCCAUCCAGCAAGCCCAGUAUAUUCUUACGGAUUUUCUGAAGUUGAGACAUAGGAACAGCACUAGCUCGCCGUCCCAGCAAAUCUCUAGUCCAGUAGACACAAUCACCUCUGAAUCAUACAGGGGCAGCUGUAAAAGUUUUACAGACUCUUGCAGUCCACCCGAUAAGGGCAAAGGAAAGGGCUAUUUGGCUGUUGCUGUUCCACCGAUCCGCAGUCAGAAUGCAUCCAAAAGGGCACCAGCCACAUACAGCCACUCUCAGAAGAAGCAUAAGUGCUCUGUGUACUAUAGCAUAAAACAGAAGGCCUGCAAUAUAUCAGCAGCCAGCAGUGCGUCAGCCUUUGACUCAAGCCAACAGCUCAGCUCAGACAUGCAGCCUCCAUCACCAAAGGAUUCUGCUUGUAGAGAAACUCUGUCUGAACAGUGGACAGACUUUAAUUCUGUAGACAACACAGAUACGAGUAACCAAAGGCACUUAUCCAGGACGGACAAUGCUCAGACUAAAGAGGAAUAUGCACUGCAAACCUUACUACUUCCUCUAAGGACUGCAAGUGAACACACUUUGGAGGAGGAGCCAAUAAUUUCUAUGUUUCCUAUGGAAACAAAUUUUAAAACUUCCUCAGAAAACAUAUCUGAGGCCAAGCAACAGAACUUUUGUGGUCUGUCUCCACCCAGUAAAGUAUCUGAAGAUCACACGUCUAGGAGUUUACUUCAGCUGCGGACUCCACCACAACCUGCUUUCAGAAAGGUGGAGGGACAUAAGCCCCAGGCUACCCCUACAGCACACAAAGAAAGUUUAGAAGCUUCCAAAAAGGCAGUAGACAGAGAUGUCUCAUCAGUAGAAAAGAAUCCUCAACACCCCACCAGAGAGAAGCGCGAUGAGCUGUUUCGAAGAAAGAGCCCAGUAGAGAAGAGAGAUGGAAUUUUCCCAAAUUUAAAUUGGAGUAAAAGUAGGGGUUGCUCCAGGAAGAAUAAGAAGAACAGCGUUUUUCCUGCAAGAGUUACCGAACAAAAUGCUUUGAAACAUAAUUACCAGGAUGGUGAGAGACCAACAUUAAGGACUCCAAAUAGGGGAAAAUUAUGGAAUCCUUUAACAAAUGGGGAUGUUUGCAGAGGGGAACAGAAACCAGGGAGAAUACCACCACGUGGGGAUAGAGAAUGCAGUCAGAUUGUAAAAAAAAAAUCUGUGGAUAAGUUUUCUUCUGACUCCAGUUCGGAGUGUGGCAGUUCUCGCGGCAGUGUACGCGCUAGCCGUGGUAGCUGGGGAAGUUGGAGCAGCACUAGCAGUUCUGAUGGCGAUAAGAAGAAUACCCUCCCUAAUCGGCUUUACUUCCCGCCAAGAGAAAGCCAAUCACAAAAUAAUUUUCCUGCAGAAAAUCCAAUUUCUUUAAAUCUCUCUCACAGCAUUUGUAAUACAAGUUCCGAUACAAACGCCAUCUGCCAUUACCCAGACAUCUUUUCUUCACCUUUUUCAGAAAUGUCCGAUGCUGAAAAGAAUAAAGGUCUAUAUCCACAGGAAGAUGUAUGGCCGACACAGCCUGUUUGUCUAACUAAUGAUCUGAACUAUAACCUCGAGAGCACAGUGACCUGUGUAACACAGGAUCCCCCUCCGGUGCAGAACAACUACAUCAAUUGGAAUUCAACAUGUGAUGGGCAGUUUUCUGGAAUGUAUGGUUCGCUGGAGAUAAAUGACUUUAACUCUUACACCGAAGAAAACAUGAACUACCACAAUGGUUACUCGUGUCCUGAAGUACAAAAUCCGGCUUUCAUUGACCAGUGUCAGUCUACGUGGAACAUGAACCCCCCGGCACCCCCUCCGCCCCCUCCACCAGCUCCUACCAUGCCAACUUCCUGGGAACCUACUAGCUACGUCAGUAAUUCUCCUUACCUCUCCAGCACUAGAAGCUUAUCCCCCAUGUCAGGACUGUUUGGUUCUAUCUGGGCACCGCAGAAUGAUGUGUUUGAUGGUUACUGCCCAGUGAGUGGAUCAUCUCCUCAUUCUGAUCACAUCGGAAGCCACUCAAUGAUGUGCAAACAGGAAUACUCUUCAAGAUUCAACCCUUUCCAUGCAUAUAUGAAUCUGGACAUUUGGACAACUGCUAACAGGAAUCCCACUUUUCCCGUUUCAAGGGACUCUGGAUACUGUGGAAACAUGUGAACAAUGUACUAGUGCAAGACAGUGUGAUUAGUAUUACUUGCGGUUUAUGGUCCAGGAGUGAGCGAGUUGUUGGAAUACAAUGUUGGUGAAUAUUUUGGCACUUUUUAUAUGGAUAAUAAAUUUCCUUUUUCUUUUGUUUGUUUUUUAAACUGA